AUGGGGCAGCUGUCCUGUGGCAUCAUUCCCCUCGUCGCAUGGUGCUCCAUCACGUUCCAGGCAGCCUCCUGCCUGCAGGAGCAGCCCCAGGGCCAUGCCGAGGAGCGCCUCUUCAAGCGCCUCUUCACCGGCUACAACCGCUGGUCACGGCCAGUGCCCAACACCUCCGACGUGGUCAUCGUGAGGUUCGGGCUCUCCAUCGCGCAGCUGAUCGACGUGGACGAGAAGAACCAGAUGAUGACCACCAAUGUCUGGCUGAAGCAGGAGUGGAGUGACUACAAACUGCGCUGGGACCCGGCAGAAUUUGACAAUGUCACCUCCAUCCGGGUGCCAUCUGAGAUGAUCUGGAUCCCUGACAUUGUGCUCUACAACAAUGCUGAUGGGGAGUUUGCUGUGACCCACAUGACAAAGGCUCACCUCUUCUCCACUGGGAAAGUGCAGUGGGUGCCCCCUGCCAUCUACAAGAGCUCGUGCAGCAUUGACGUCACCUACUUCCCGUUCGACCAGCAGAACUGCAAGAUGAAGUUUGGCUCCUGGACCUACGACAAGGCCAAGAUCGACCUGGAGACCAUGGACCACCACGUGGACCUCAAGGAUUACUGGGAGAGCGGCGAGUGGGCCAUCAUAAACGCCAUUGGCACCUACACCUCUAAGAAGUACGACUGCUGCAGCGAGAUCUACCCCGACAUCACCUUCUUCUUCGUCAUCCGCCGCCUCCCGCUCUUCUACACCAUCAACCUCAUCAUCCCCUGCCUGCUUAUCUCCUGCCUGACUGUGCUGGUCUUCUACUUGCCCUCUGACUGCGGGGAGAAGAUCACCCUCUGCAUCUCAGUCCUGCUGUCGCUCACCGUCUUCCUGCUGCUUAUCACAGAGAUCAUCCCCUCCACCUCGCUGGUCAUCCCGCUCAUCGGCGAGUACCUCCUCUUCACCAUGAUCUUCGUCACACUCUCCAUCAUCAUCACCGUGUUCGUCCUCAACGUCCACCACCGCUCCCCCAGCACCCACACCAUGCCCCGCUGGGUGCGGACCUUCUUCCUCGACUUCAUCCCUCGUUGGCUCUUCAUGAAGCGCCCUCCAGCACUGCCUCCUCCUGAGGGGACUGCAGGACAGUAUGACCUCCCUGGAACGAGGCUCAGCACCUCCCGCUGCUGGCUGGAGACUGAUGUGGAUGACAAGUGGGAGGAGGAGGAGGAGGAAGAUGAAGAGGAAGAAGAGAAGACAUACCCCAGCCACGUGUCCCAGGCUGGUUCCCACAGCCAGGCCACUCAGUGCCGCUACAAUUGUGGGCGUCAAGCUGGGAAGGCCUCAGGGGGCUCAGCCUCCCGAGUGUCCCCCAGGGGGAAGGAGGAAGAGGAGGAGGGCUCGGACGGAAGGCUGAUGUUGUCCCCCAGCAUCCUGAAAGCCCUGGAAGGGGUCCACUACAUCGCGGACCACUUGCGAGCAGAGGACACAGACUUCUCGGUGAAGGAGGACUGGAAGUAUGUGGCUAUGGUGAUCGACCGCAUCUUCCUCUGGAUGUUCAUCAUGGUCUGCUUGCUGGGCACUGUGGGGCUCUUCCUUCCACCCUACCUGGCAGGGAUGAUCUAG